AUGAAUGAACUAGUGGUACUGUUGUUAAUUCUCUGUCCACUUGACUCAACAGCAUCUUUUGUGUCUGUUUAUUUCGGGAGAAUAGGAAAUCGUAAUGUGAAUCACUCAGACCCUGUUAUUGUUGGGGGCGAGAAGCAUGAAUGCUACAGGGAGUGCAGAGAGGGAGAGCAGAGGGAGUGUUCUUAUAGGUUUCUCUUGAGUCAGUACACUGCCAUGAGUUUUGCUUGUGGGGAUUGUCCUGUGAAACUGGAGGAUUGUUAUUCACAGGGGUGCAUCACUGCUGGAGGAAACACCAGACCUGUGGCUGUUGCUAAUCACAUGUUGCCUGGACCCAGUAUUCAGGUAUGUGAGGGGGAUACAAUUCGUGUCCACGUGAUGAACGGAUUUUCCAGUGAAUCAACAUCAAUUCACUGGCACGGAUUGCACCAAGUUGGCACUCAAUUGAUGGACGGAAGUCCCUUUAUCACGCAGUGCCCCAUUCUCCCCGGGAACACGUUCGUUUACAGAUUCAGGGCCUCGCCUGCUGGGACUCACAUCUGGCAUGCCCACGUGGCUUUCCAAGACUCUGAUGGACUCUACAGUAGCUUGAUCGUCAGAAAACCCAAUGACCCGUUGCAGAAGUACUACGAUUUCGAUUUAGCUGAACACGUGAUGAUCAUCUGGCACUGGUUCGACACUGCCACUGCUUUUCGAUUGAAAACUGCUCUCGAUAAAUUCGGUAGUGUUCAUGGGUAUGGACUCACUAUCAAUGGUCGUGGGGCCCAUAUCAAAUUUUCGUUAUUUGAGGGAGCGUCACACUGGACUCCUAGGGAGAUAUUUCGUGUUGAUGGAGGGAAACGAUACAGAUUCAGAGCCAUUUUUAAUACCGCUAUUUACUGUCCAGUACAAGUGUCCAUUGAUGGCCAUAAAAUGCUGAUUGUUGCGUCGGAAACUGGCAUUUUUGAUCCAGUAGAAGUCGAUACAUUCAUAAUGAACGGUGGGGAACGAUACGAUUUCGUUUUGACAACCGACAAAGCCCCUGGUAAUUACUGGAUAAGAUACAGAACCCUGGGAGAUUGUCACAAAGACGACGUGAAGGUCGCCGAGGCCGCAAUCCUCCACUACAACGAAGCCCCACAGGAGGAACCGACAGGAUCGGUUCAAUAUGAGGACAAUUACAGAUCUGGAGUUUUGGUCAAUCCACUCUCAAUCUCAACGGAAAGCUACGAAAAUAAUUCAUUGAUUAGAGUCAUCGAUCUCAACAAUUCAGCGCCUGUUCCUUCACAGCUUUCGUUGACUCCGAAUCACACAUUUUAUUUCAAAUUCUCCUUCAACACUUACGAAUCGUACUUCGAUCCUGGCCCGUACCCCCAGAUCAACGACCUGAGCUUCGAAAAUCCGUCAACUCCCCUUCUGUCUCAACGUGAGGACCUCAAGAGCUCGAUGUACUGCACCCCCAAAGACCUCAGCAGUCAACAAUGCCACUCGGGGUACUGCAGGUGUCCCCUGAUCUACCCGAUCGAGCAUAACGCCCUCGUGGAGAUGGUCUUCGUGGACACGAGUGACAACCGAGACCAGGACCACCCGAUGCAUCUCCAUGGACACGACUUCUACGUCGUCUCCAUGGAGAAUGUGGGGGACAGCGUCUCCUUGGAGGCUGUCAAGCGCCUCAACGAGCUAGGGGAGAUCCCCAAGAAGUUCAAGAAUCCACCCCUCAAGGACGACAUCAGUGUCCCAGUGAAGGGAUACGCCGUCAUAAGAUUCUUCGCUUCAAACCCUGGGAUCAGGAGGAUCAGAUGGGAAUCGAAACUCUACCCUGUGUCAACAAGGUCCAUCCUGUGAAAUUACUUUAUGUGGCAUAUUAUUUGGUAAUUACCCCAUUUGUUAAAAUGGAAGUUCCUAAUCUUCAAUUUUCUAAGUUUUCUUUCUUGUUUUUUUUUUUAAUGAGUGAAGGAAACAAAAUG